AGUCCACUCAGGCCACACUGAAGGUCACAGUCUCUGUUCACUCAUUUUCAAGGGUUUCCCUUUGGCCCACAUCCUGCUGUAUGCCACUGAGGAAUUCAGACCUGGGAAUUGUGAAACAUCUGCAUAAAUAGUCCACGCACAGCUGCCCUCCAAUAAUAUGUAGCCUGAAGGCUUCAGUGGAGGAUGGAUAAAAGGCCUCCAGACUCCUCUUCCUGGAAUGAUUUGUCCACACAUCCUUCUCUAGGGUGAGGCUACCUCUGGGUGAGGAAACACUUGCAUGUCCCUCACUCAGAUGCUGCCAAGGCAGGCCUGAUCUCUCCUCUGCUUCUGCCCAGCGAGUAGAUAAGCCAGCUUCCACUCACUAGCCCACUGAUGUCACGACAGAAGCAGGAAUCCUGGGAGCCCCCUAGUGCUCCCAAAUGCUCACCUCGACAGUGCUCAAACACCUCCCUGGCUCCCUGCUCUGCUCCUUGCUGUGACCUCUGUUCAGGAGGCUACAAUUCUGGUUCCCAAAAGCCCGGGGAGCAGAGCCCUGGUGGCUCUCAGAGGGCUCACCGCAAGAAGCCCCGCUGCCUCAGUGGUGGCACAGUCUACCACAUCAAAGAGGAGGAGUGCUGAGGUAAACAGCCCAAAGGAGAGGGACAUAGGUACAGUGGCUCUCUCUCAUCCACCUUUCUGAAUUCACGCUGCUGGGAAGCUCAGGCUUGCCCCCUCUAUUUAGGGCUGGGAAACACUUUCUGGUCCCCAUAAGCUGCACUCCUACUUCUGUCUAUGCACUCAGCUCAGCCAACAACAUGGAGUCAGAGCCCUGGCUGCUGUGAAUCCCUGAGGUCACCUGAGGGGCUAAGGCUUCUACAGGUGGAUGCUGCCCCUUCUUUCCUUCCAAGAUGUUGACUGGUAUUGCUUCAGAAACACAUGGUUUGAGAUUUCUGUCUCAGCAUCCUUGUAGCCAUCAACCUAUGUCACUGCAGAAUCCUUACAUUGAAAACUUUUGAGUGACAAGUGUGCUGAGCACCUACUCUAUAUUGUGCUUUGUGUUACCAGAUGUAAUAGGAAAUUUAUCCCUGUUCUAGAAAAGCUUACAAUCUCAUGGGAGAAACAAUGUACAUUGUAUACUGUAAUAUGCAGACUAAUAAAUAUAAUUUUA